UCUCCACCCGCUGCUAUCUGUCAGACAGCUACGCCCCUUCCACACAUUAGACAUGUACUCCCUCCGUUCCUACGAAUCCACCGCACGUCUACGGCAUGGCACCAAUCACCGCAUCCAUCCUUCCCCUUGUCGCCCUCUCCCUUGGCUCCACCACCGCCUUCGUUGCUCCCACCGGUCGUGGCGUCUCGUGGUCCCUGGCCAACCCUCAGCGUGCCGUCAGGUCGUCCACAUCGACCGUAUCCACGCGCUACAACGCCCGCCGCCCGUAACCAGCAACAACGGCGACAUGUUCUCUCCGCAUGGUGAGCGAGGUCGCGGAGGAGAAAGCGGCCAAGCUCCGAGAGACCGCGGCCGCCUUCCGCGCGGAAGCUGCCGAGCUGGAGGAGAAGCAGGCGCGAGAGCGACGCGAGAAUGCCCGGCGAUCUUCAACACCUUCGACUCCAACAAGGACGGAUCGGUGGACAUCGCCGAGCUCAAGGCAGGACUCGAGAGCCCGCUGCGUCGGGGCCUCACGAAGACGUUGCAGGCUCGCAUGGGGCGGAAGCCGUCGAAAGAAGAGGUGGACGAACGCAUCGCCGGCCUCCCGGGAGGUACCCUCUUCCCCGACGAACUCGCACUCAAACUCAUCCAGACCUACGACCAGAAUGGGGACGGCCUGCUGCAGCUGUCGGAGUUCGCCCCCACCGAGGAGCUCAGGACGAGGCUCGAGGACCUCUUCAGCCAACAGCGGGAGGACGAGCGCGUGGCGCGCAUGGAGGAGCGCCAGCGCCGGAUGGAUGACAAGAUGAGGCCGGACACGGGGGCGGUGGUGACGGCGUGGGCGCAGCCGCUGGCCGCCGUGCUGCUGGCGCUGCGGUCCGUGCCGUUCGCGACUCUGAUCGGGUUCUUCAGCCUGUCUGUCCAUCGGCUCCGCAACCCGCAGGUCAACAAGCUGGUGAGGUUCAACACGCAGCAGGCCAUCAACGUGGACAUCGCUCUGAUCUUGCCGGGGGUGGUGGGUGCGAUCGCGGGGGCGGUGUUGGGGGCGGACGCUGUGAAGCUGGCGCCUCUGGCGAACGCGGGGUCGGACGUUGUGUUUGUGGCGUUGUUGGCGGCCGUGGCGUACUCCGUGGGCACUUCGGCGACGGGGUCGUUCCCGAACAAGCUUCCGUUGUUGGGGCGUUUGAACCGCGAGAACCCCGAGAACCAGCAGGAGGGCGGCGAGGAGUAGAGGAAAACAAGUGGUUUGUUGCUAUUGUUGUGAGUUCGAAUGUAAGGCGGUGUGUCUGAAUACGUUGUGUCCUUCUUUGUUUCCCCGAUGAAUGCCCACGACUUCGCCGUCUUUUUUUUCUCGGUUGGUUCCGCUUCGCCAGAGAUGGGUUCGGAGGUCAUUCAUCCUGUAUUCUGUGUUUUUUUUCGUGGUGUGUUGUGUUUGUCGGUACUGUAAGUGCGGAAGAGAUGCGUGAUAGAAGUAUAAUAUUUUCGAGUGUCCUGAAGUCUUGCAGGUACCGUGUCUGCGUUGUGGUAGUGAGUGAAUGCGAUGUAUUGAUUGUCCGUGACUGGGGUCGUGGUGUGCUGUAAGACUUGUCUUUGGUGCCCCAUCAUGAUGGUCUUCAGUCCAAACUGGGUUGCCUUUUGAUGCUGGCGGCUGGGACACGGCCGAGUGUCGGUUCGUGUCAAGGAGUGUCUGCCAGUUCGGCCUGUGGUGCGUGACGUUACUUUGACGCUGUGUCAAAGAGAACAAAAUCGAAUGAUGAUCAAG